AUGAGCGCAAGUCUUGGCACAGACCUGGUAUCAGGUUCAGUUGAUGCAUCACUAGCAGAAGUUGAUAUCAGAUCGCGGGAUCCUGAUCGCUCCGUGGAGAGUGAUAUCGUCAUUGGUCCAUUCGCCGUUCUCGAUUUCUCGGGUUCGGCACCAUCAUGGGCGAAAGCAUCGCCAACCCCAGAAGAAGGAGAUCCUGCACAAAAUCCGGCAUCUGCUGUACGACAGGAUGAUAUCCUUGAGCCAACGGAGAUACCGGCUGCACACUCAGAUGAUGUUCUUCAGCAUGAGGAUAUGCCUGCUGAGAUACCAGAUCCCAGCCCGGUGUCCAUUAUCGAUUCUCUCUCAAAUAUGGACGAUUUCCUCCAUUGGUCGGAUAUCUUGAGCUUUAGCCCUGACCAAUCAGGCUUUGCAACACACCCAACUCUGAGCGCGCCGUUUGACUUUUCAUUCGACAUGAAUAAUGAUGCUAUUUCUAUUCCCGCAGCACUGAAUUCCUUAGAAGAUCCUCUGCGGAUGUUGACACCUCAGCAGACAACUAUGGAGCUGAGAAAAUCAAAUGAGGAUAUUCUGAAAGAUGGCCAGUUUUUGCUGAGACAUUUCCAAGACGAGGUCAUUCCACGAAUCAUGGCAAUUCCCUUCGGACAAAAAUCGCCAUGGAAGAUUCUCAAUCUUCCUGCUGCGGUAGUUGCGUUUGGAGACACGACAUACUUGGGCACGGAGGGCGUCAGCCAUGCCCGCCUUGCAAACCUCUACGCUUUAUUUGCUUGUGCUGCUAUUGAUCUCGCACUGCAACCAUCCACACAAUUGAUUCAGUCCCCCGAAUAUUGGUACCAAAUAGCAAAUCAGACUUAUCAGCAGGCCAAGGAUCAUAUCCAAAUAUCUUUACAACACGAAACGGCUGGACCGAAAAAGGCUAAAUACAAGGAUCAAUUGAUGGCUGCUAAUCUCCUCACACAAUACGCGCAGCACGCUCGGUGUUUCCUGAUAGAUGCAGAGCGACUUCUCCGCCUCCGCGGGUUAUCAAAACGACGAAUUUCAAAGAAAGCCCGUCUUUUACACCAUGUCUACACAUGGCUGCGAAUCGUUGGCGAAAGCACGUUUGUACUUCACGACUACCACCUCUCAUAUUCAUGUCUUGAAAAUCUUGGCACCUCAUCACGCUCCCACCAUUCUUCUUCCGCCGUCAGCAACGCUACUGCCGUUGUAUCAAGCGAACCGAACCCCCAUCUUGACGAUUUCCUCCGUCUCGAAACCCAAAAUUCAGAUAGCGAUUUGAACAUUGAUGAGCCCAAAGACCGGGCUUCCGGAUACCACGAUAUUCACCUUCACGACUCCCGCAGUUUCCCCGAAACACUGUACAAACAAAUUUACGGCAUUCCCGAGACCUGGCUUAGCCUGGUGUCGCAAACAACCAGGCUAGCGAAUGUUCUGGCAACAUGGCAGACUGCUCGUGAUUGUGGCAAGAACUUGCGCCUCGAGGCAUAUGAAGCCCUUCAGCGCCGUGCAAUGCGGCUUGAGAACCUAAUAUGUUCAUUCAGCCUUGGCCGCACGAGGGGCGGAUCUGCAGACCUUCAAGCGACCUGCAAGCCACAUGCACAUAUGCUAGAGGCACUCAACGGAGCCUUGGUAAUUUUUUUUUACCGCCGAGUCCACGAUACUCAUCCCGCUGCUCUACAGGGUUAUGUGGAUAGUGUCAUCACGGCACUGGAGCAAUGUAGCGCUUCCUUGUCAGAUGCUAGUCUCGCUGGGCCGGGAACUGCUUGGCCUGCGUUUAUUGCUGGAUGUGAGGCUCUCACUCCGGCGAGGCGAAAAGCAGUUAUCCAAUGGCUCGAUAAUGCGAGCGCCAAGUGUGGCUUUACCUCGUAUGCCAUGGCUCGAGAUAUAAUGACUAAGCUCUGGCGCAAACAGGAUGAACAUCUGACUGCGAAUCGAAGUGAGCCGAUGCCAAUGUGGAUUGAUAUUUGCAAGCAGGAGCAGAUCUGGCCUCUCUUUUGUUGA